UAACCGAUAGUUGCUGCAGACUAUUCGUACAUAACAUUAAUUUCCUCAACUAAACAUAAAACAGAUCCUCUGCAUGCCCUAAGUAAGUAGUAGUGAGAAAUCGAGAGGGUAUGCUUAUUUAUCCGGUCUGUUAGGUGGAUUUGGAAAAUGAAUUUGAACCUAAACAUGGUGCAAAAGCUACACAAGUGUUUGAAAUAGGAGCAAAACCAGAUGACCUAUUCUCUACACUACUCAAUGAGGCUUUGAAAAUGCUGAUAAAAGAAUAUCGUAUCCCACUCCCCAUGAGUGUGGAAGAAUACAGAAUAGCCCAACUUUACAUGAUUCAGAAAAAAAGUUUAGAAGAAAGUAAAGGAGCAGGGAGUGGUGUAGAGAUCUUAGUGAAUGAGCCAUAUGAGAAGGAAGAUGGAAGGAAAGGACAGUAUACUCAUAAAGUAUAUCACAUUGGCAAUCAUUUACCAGGUUGGUUUCGUGCAAUUCUCCCAAAGUCAGCAUUACGUGUAGAGGAAGAAGCAUGGAAUGCAUAUCCGUAUACUAAGACACGUUUUACUUGCCCGUUUGUUGAGAAGUUUUUUAUUGAGGUCGAGACAUACUAUUUACCAGAUCGUGGUAACCAAGAGAAUGUCUUCAAACUCACUUCUUCAGAGCUGAAAAACAGAAUUUUAGAUUUAAUAGAUGUUGCAAAGGAUCCUGUGUCCAGCAGCGACUACAAGAAACAAGAAGACCCAAAUGUGUUUCAAUCUUCCAAGACAGGGCGUGGUCCUCUACCGGAGAAUUGGUUGGCAAUUGCUGGGCAGAAACAAGGGGCUGACCAUGGGUUACCGGAGGUUAUGUGUGCCUACAAACUUUGCAAGGUUGAGUUCAGAUAUUGGGGCAUGCAAAACAGGAUUGAGAAGUUCAUACAUGACAUAGGUCUUAGGAAAGUGAUGCUACAUGCCCACCGGCAAGCAUGGUGCUGGCAAGAUGAAUAUCACGGACUUACUAUUGAAGAUAUCCGUGAAUUAGAAGAGAAAGCGGCACAAGAGCUGGCGGAGAAAAUGGCUGCUGCACUCGAAGACGAGGAUAUCAGUCCGUCAGAGAAAGAAAAAAAUAAGAAUCGUUCUAAUUUUAAUCGUACUGGGUAUGGAAGGUCAACUAGCAGUGAGAAACGACUACGAGAAACUAGAUUGGAAUCGUACAGUCAGAGUUUAGAAUCAGAUGAAAAUGAUGAGGAAAAAACAGAUAAUGCAAAUGGAACAUUUCAAAGAAAGUCUUCAAGACGAAAAUCAGCCUCAGCAGAAGCCUCAAGUAAGAACCAGAUGAUGGCUCAGUGGAGGAUGGACAGUUUGCAGGCUGAUUCGGAUACCUCGGAUGAAGAGUUUUUUGAUGCCCAAGAAGAUAUGGAGGAUGCCCUUGAAGAGUUGACUCAUUGGGGAACAGCUUGCAAUCUCGGAAUGGGUGAUGAUCUUGAAGCAUCCAGUGAUACAGCUGACCAUUCAGAUGAAGGCUCUGCUUUCGUCAAUGACACUUCAUCACCGCUACUGACCACCUCCACAAGUGUCCUGUUCAUUGUCCUGCAUGGUGGUAAUAUCCUUGAUGGUGUCCAAGAGUUCAGUGCCAAACAAAGUGACAUAAACACGUUUAAGGCAUCGUUUGAUGCCGUCAUCCGAGCUCAUUUUCCAGUCGCUGUUGAUCAUGUUGCAGUCCGCUGGGUUGCUUGUCCUUCAGUUUGUUCAGAUGCCGUUGCGCUCCUUUCGGGUCUGAAUCCUUACAGUAUUAGUGCAAGGUACAAGUCAGGGGAGAAUGGUGGGUCCGCUGCUGAUUUCAUCCCAAUUGGUGCAUUGCCGUUGCUCGUCACUGGUUGCCCCCAGUAUAGUGGUCAUGUGACUACAGUGAUCAACAGGGCAAAUAUUGUGUAUCAUGAGUUUGUGAAGUCUCCGGAGGGGCAAGGUUUUAAUGGCCAGAUAUGCUUAAUAGGCGACAGUGUUGGAAGUAUUCUUGGCUAUGAUGCACUAUGCAGAGGCGUUUCCAUACCGUCCUCAACAUCGAGUACAUGUGGAAGUCAGGCCAGUAUUGAUGACUCCGAUGCCUUAACAAUCAACUUCCCAUCACCUUCUGUCCAUUCUCCAUCUUUCCCAAAUGAUCAAAUUCGUUCCAACAGUCAAAGCUUCACCAGUGCUAAUGAAUUUAACUAUGAGAGGCCAGUCCUCCGACGUAAAAGCGAGACAACUGCUCCUUUAAGAACCUCGCAUCGUAAACGUUUUUCCAACCCAUGUGUUCUGAAAGAAGUAAGCUUCACAGAGGAUAUGCCUUUACCCACGCCAUUCUAUGAACAUACUGAGAGUGUGGCGAGUUUUGAUUCUACGGUGGAUAAGAACUUGCCUCGUCUGGAGUUUGAAGUUGGAAACUUUUUUCUCUUUGGGUCUCAACUGGGGAUCGUUAUCACUCAGCGUAUGUUAACAUAUAGAGACAAGUCAGCUCCACCACCAAAACCAGCCUGUGGACAAGUUUUUAACAUGUUUCAUCGGACCGAUCCAUCUGCCUCAAGAAUUGAGCCACUUCUCCACCAACGUUUCUCUCUGCUGCCCCCAUCAUGGGUCGAGCGCUAUCAGAAGUUUCCAUUAGGAGAUGGACAUACAGUAAAUCUUGGUGAUGUGAUACAGAGCAACUCUUACUUGUUCCUAGAAAACAUAGCUGGGUGCUUAGCUGGGAAUGCGAUGGCAAGCCGCGGGAGUAUUUGUAGCCAGCUGUCAAUUGAUAUGGAUGCGAAUGGCGUCAGCCACAUAGCAAGUUUUGUUAACUCCAUCAGCAGCAAAUGGUGGGGUGACAAGCGUUUAGACUAUAGCCUUUACUGUCCAGAAGCUUUGCAGUCAUUCCCUACCGGAACAUUGCCACAUUUGUUUCAUGCAAGCUACUGGGAGUCUACUGACGUCGUCGCUUUUAUCCUUAGGCAGGUAUUCCAAAAUGAUCAUUCAAGUUUGUAUGCUGGGGACAGAAACAUAUCAAUGUUCUCUCCAAACCAACCCAGAGAAAAGUGGCAGAGAAAACGAACUGCAGUUAAAAUGAAACAAAGCACACAUCCUAAUCAUCGUGCCAAUGAUGUCAUGGUUCUAGAGGGUGAUGAUCAAAUUAUUACAGCUCGCUUUAUGUAUGGUUCACUUGAUAUGGUGACACUUACAGGAGAAAAGGUUGACCUCUUUGUGAUGACCCAACCUCCGAACGGUGAGUGGGUGCACUUUGACACACUCACUACCAACAACCAUGGACGCAUAAAUUAUAUCAUACCACAGGCACGCAGACUUGGUCAUGGUAUAUACCCAGUCAAGAUGGUUGUCAGGGGGGAUCACACGUCUGCGGAUUGUUACCUUACUGUGCUGCCACCAUGCACUGACUGUGUUGUGUUCAGUAUCGAUGGGUCAUUCACCGCAAGUGUCUCAAUUAUGGGUCGUGACCCCAAGGUUAGAGCAGGGGCAGUGGAUGUAGUCAGACAUUGGCAGGAACUGGGCUAUCUGGUUAUUUACAUUACUGCAAGACCUAGCAUGCAGAAGCAGAAGGUUGUGGCCUGGCUGGCCCAGCACAACUUUCCUCAUGGCAUGGUUCAGUUCUGUGACAGUAUCACCACAGACCCCCUUCGACAGAAAACAAACAUCCUUAAAAACCUAAUUGACAAUGCACGUAUAGUGAUACAUGCAGCUUAUGGUUCUGGUAAAGACAUCUCAGUGUAUUCAUCAGUUGGAAUGAAGGCAGAGCAGAUAUACAUAAUUGGCAAAGCUUCCAAGAAGCACCAGAGCCAAGCACAGCUGCUUUCUGAUGGUUACUCGGCUCAUUUAGAACACUUAGUUCUCACUUCAUGCCCUUCGGCAGGUAAUUCUCGUAUGGUGCUACGAAAAGGUUGCUUCUCCUUGCCAGGAUUCGGGUCCUCUGCUCGCAGUGCGAAGACCACCGCUUAUCGAUCAAAGUCGUACCAGUGCACAGCAAUUCCAAGCGGUCAUGGUUACGGCUUGGGCCCACGAUCAAUGAGUCAGAGCGAUCAAAGGCUACCAAGCAAAUGAAAACGGUUUUUAAAGUGAAGAAUGUGUCAUAUUUGGCUUAAAUAUAGAUUGUUAGAGGAGAGAAUGUAUUUUUGAUAUUGUGAAAUUCACAGCAUGGCUCAAUAGGGUGCAGAUAUGGUUUACUGAAGCCAAUGUUGAAAGAUUUCCAAACUGAAGAUUGUUAGACUUCGCGAUGGAGAAUUCAAGAAUUUUCUUGAGGGACUGGUUUGAACGAUUGAAUGAUUUUGUAGUGAAGCUGGUCUGUAUAUAUUUUGCUAUUGUUAUCACUGUUAUAUUUUUGCAAUAGAACAUUUAUUGGUUGAUCCAUCCAACUCUGUGAGAUAUAUACAUUUAUUGUAUGUUGAGCGUAAUCUUCCUGCUUGUGUACCAAUAUGAAAUUUCUUUUGUUAAAUAACAAUGUUUAAGAAAUAAAUUGUAUUAAAGAAAUGCAUUAAAAAAUAAUGCAAACUUGUUUUUAUAUCUCAGCAACCAUAGACAUAUCAAGCCAUGUAUAGUCCAGGAUGUACUUGUAACACACAUAUUAAUUCUAUUAAGUAGAAAACUCUAUUCUUUCAUUAUCUUAGGCUGGUAUAUAUUAGAUGGAAAAACUGAUUGUGAUAAUUAACCAGUUAUUUGUUGAUGUUUUAUUUUUUUUAAAUACGAUAUUAUACUUUCACAUUGAAGAGCAAAUAAACUUAUUUUAAAGCCAAAUGAAUAGAGUUAUUUUUAGAAAAAAAUCCCUGUAAUUGAUUUAAACAUUAGAUUAUUAUCUAACAAGUUUCUGAACCACCAAGCUAGUACAGUUGUACUCUUUUGAUGAUUUAAUAUUCUGUAUAUGAAGGUCAUAUAAACAUACAAGUAUCUUUGCUGCAAAUUUUUGAUGGCCAUUUUUAAGUUGUUUGCUGUUGUAAGAUUUUCAACCAAUCAGAACUAACUGAUUGUUACUUUGAGCUAUUAGUAUUCUGGAUUGAUCAGACUUUACUGAGAUUUUCCUGACCAAUUUUACUGUAGAAGAUAUUAGGUCGAUUUCCAGGUCAUCCAAUGGAGGCCAAAUUAUGUUACUUUAUCUUUGUAUACUUUUAUCAAAUGUCGAAUAUGUUGGACUAAUAGUGUAAAAAUGUGCAUGUGCAUUAGGAAGGUAUAUUACUUGGAAUGGUGUGCCAGCUAAAUGAAUAAUGUGUGUUUAAACAUCAUCAUAUGACAACACCCACUCAAAUUUAACAUUAGAAUAUUUAAAUACUCAGAAAGUGUAAUGCCACUAUAAAGGCCUGUUUAUACUAUAACGAUAACGAUAAAAAAGAUAAAAAGCGAUUGUUUU